AUGCAGAGAACUACUAGCAAUUCAGGGGGUGCCGCCAAAGCCGAACUACAGCGUUUGUUGACAACGCCGCCUUCUGCUACUGCAGGCAAUGCCAAUCCAUCCACGGUGGCCCAUGCGGCUCUGGAACGGUUGCGAGAUGCCGGCGACGAACACUACUUAUUCCUACGGACCCUCCUGGAAAUGACAUCGGUACCAUCACAACAACACCCCGAUGACGAGUUGCUCUUGUUCCACUGCAUUACGGGGUGUCGCCAUGUCGUUCUGCAUGGAUGGCGGCGCUUUUCGACGGUCUUUAUGAGUGGCCUUCGCGAUUGGAUGAUGCUUUUGGGACAUUCCUUCUUUGCACAGUCUUCCAGUAGUAGUAGGACACUCCAAGUGGCAUGCUAUACCACAAGUGUCGCUUUGUGGAAACGAGCCUGGCUGGAAAUGGCUGCCAAUGCCAAUCAACCGCAUCAUCUGUCCUCAGCACCAGAUGCCCAACAACAGGGUCUCUUGGCAGCCAUGAUGACACAACAACAACAAUAUCAAUCCAACCACAACAACAACAAUACACUUCCAUUUUUACAGAGUCCACUGUUGCUCUUUCAAUAUUUAGAACACUCCAUGGCCGCCAUCACCACCACGGCCAUUCCGGCCACCAUGUUUCUACAAGCCCUUGUGGAAGAAUUUGCCGGCACCAAAUCCGGUGUCACCUACCAAUUACCAUUGGAAUUUCAUCGGCUGACACGAAAAGCAUUUGAAAAUAAUACCAAUCAAUGUGGAUUAAAUGCCUGUCUGCAUUUGGGAAUGAAAACACUCUCUCAAAUAUUGCCCAGUCUAUCCAACAAUAGCAACGCCAACAAUACUACUACUACAAUUACCAUUGCCCAAGGCACACUGCAAAUCAUUUGUGACAUUUUGGGGUGGGAAUUUGGAGAUGCCUUUACGGCCACCGUCAGUUCCUCCUCGUCCACACUGGUACGACCUCCCAAAGAAUGGAGUCAACAUCAUUUGACCACGCCGGCAUUGGCACAAGCGCUCUGGGCAACUCAUGCAGCCAUCCGAGAACAGCAUCGACCAUUGGCACAUUCCGUACGACAAUUGCUCGUCUUGUUGGCAUCGCUCGAAGGACCCAUCUUUUCUACUAGCAGUGAACGCAAAGACUUUUUGGCGGCCGUCUUGCAAGGGACAUUGGAACUCUUGCAAGUACAAGUCGCCGCGGCCGGAUCGUGGAAACAAGAACAUCAUUGGACCGAAUUACUCGAUACGCUGAGUAUUCUGGGACGCUUAAUGGCCAAUGGAAAGUGGACUCUGUUGAUUCAAUUUCACAAAGACCCACUGUUGCCGGGGUUGUUGCAGGGUUUGACGGCCAUUGGUAGAACGCUGUGGGAACAACAUGUCCAAGAAGCACAGCAUUUGCAGGGUAAUCUGGAGCAGAUGGAAUAUGGUGAUGAACGAGAAGAUGUUCUGCAGGCAUUGUUGGAAGCGGUCGUGGCCGUGUCGGGUGAUCCAUGGUUGUGGUACUCGGGGGACACGGAGCAGCGAAGCUGGGCACGACAAGCAAUGGGUCAAUCGUUAGGACCACUCUUCGGGAUAUGGAUACAGGGACGGAUGCAAUUAGCAGGUUGGGAGGAACAUUAUCUGUGUAGCCAUGCCAAUGACGAUGUCGAUGAAGACUUUGAAUAUAUAUCGGCUGUCCAGCUGGAAGAAGAAAUGGAAUUGCUAUCCGUGUUGGGCCGUGUCCAUGUGCAGGGAUCAAUCCAAUCGUUAUCGAGUCUCUUUCAACAAACCAUUCCACAGUUGCAGGGACAAUGGAACGCACCUCUCUCCGCUGCGGGUGUCUCGCCGGAACUGGCGGCUCUUUUGGAGCAAGCAAGGCUGCUGACGUUGUAUAUUGGACACUUGUUAACAGACGACAACAGCGGUGAAACUCCCGUCAUUCCCGAUACGGUCGCUAUUGCCUGUCGGGAAGAGGACGAAGCCACUAUACCCACGAUUGUGUCGGCCAUUGAGGCCUUGUUUUCCUUGGCGCAGGCGCAGGCAGUCAAACUUGCGGAAAAUCCAAAUGAUCCACGGUUGUCGCCACUCUUGGCCAAUUCCUUUUUGUGGUGGCUGAAUCGCUGGGCACCCGCGUACGUCUACUCGGUCGACUACAACAGUACCGGGGACGAAUCUCCCGCCAAUGCCGCUAGCAAGGCCAGGAAUAUUGGCAAUGUCUGGUCGAGCCCAGAAAAGGCACAGCAGGCCGUUUCCUUUGCGGUGACUCUGUGUUUGCACUUUCAAUGUUACUGGCCACAAGAACGACCGGUACAAGAAAGUGCCGCCACCUUGUUGCUGACGCUGGCAAAAAGAGCGGCUGGGUCUAAUCAUCAACGGCAUCCCAGCAAGAUUCGAUCGCUCAUGGUGGCAUCGCCGUCUUUUACCCAGAUAAUGGUCUUCCACUGCCUGACGGCUGGAACGCGACACAGCAUGGGCAGAUCAGAGUUGGAACGGGCUAUUCACUCCAAGGCUACUGAAGCCAAUGCGUCAGUCGAUAUGGGCAUGGUCACAGGAUAUCAGCGGCUUCCUUACGACAUCAAAUCGAGGGUGUUGACGGCGCUUCUGGUGGCGUGUAGUGAACCUGAAACAGCUGCCCUGUUUCAAGAUUGUUUGAAAGCUGUGCAAGACUCCUUUUCAUCCCUUUUGCAUGCGUUGUCGACCAAGCAAGUAAGCACAAACGACAUUGAUGUCAAGGAGAUGACUUGUUUAUGUGUGGAGAUGUUCCGCGGUGUGGCUCGGGCUUCCGAAAUGGCAGAACCUGCCCGUGUUCCAGUUUUCGUUACGCCCAAUCUCGCCCACUUGUCGGGGCUCAUGCAGUAUUACGCCGAAGACCUAACAAUCUGCGAACGUUUACUCCAGUUCUUUCGUGACUACACUGAGCAGUUUGUGAUUAUGCUCAAUCGAGAACAGUGUCUGGCUUUGUUCCAGUCCUCCGCUGAACUUCUUAGAAGCUAUUCGUCACACCACUGCAACAGCAAAACCCGUGUCAUUGUCACCAAGUCCACUGAGGAGGCAAACUCAGAAGAGGAACAGAAGUAUGGGGACAUUCUUUGUGCUAUUCAGCUUCUGAUUCAUCUCGGCACCAAGGACUUCAUCGACGUUUGUGCGGAUGCGACUGCGCCUGGAGUAGACUCGACCCAAGUGACUGACGUUAUCUUCUUCGGUCUCCAACAAAUCCUACCUCUGAUGACGCGAGGACUGUUGCAAAUGCCGACGCUGUGCUCUCAAUACUUUUCUCUGGCGGGAUUCUCGAUUGAAACUUACCCGGAGAAAGCAUGCGUCUUGCCAUAUGAGCUAUUCGACGCACUCAUGGAAUCCUUGCUGUUUGGGAUGUGCCACCAUGAUGCUUCGGUUGCCAAGAGCUCGUUGCAAGGGAUUGCUAGCAUCACACGUGAGCACAUCAAAUCGCAGAUACUUGCCAAGCACUUAUCGCAGAAUCCAGGUUUCAUCGACAAUAUCACAAGACGACUCCUUCGCGACGUUGUGUUUCAAAACAGAGUUUGGGACCGGCUGGAGUCGGCCGGGAUGGCAUUGUUGCCGCUUGCAGCGGUGGAUGUCAACCGGUUUGCUGCUGUAGUGAACGAAUUGGUUGAUCAGGUACCGAUUGAUGACCAGAAGGCUAGAUUGCAAUCGGGAUUUCAGUCUCUCAUCCAACCUGAAGUCAUCCAAAAAGUGUCAAGCGCAGGGUUGGAAGGGAGGAAGAAUCGGAUACGUUUCAAGAAGGACUUUGAAAACUUCUGCCACGAUGUGCACUCAUUCCUCAUCCUAAAGUAAGCCAUGCUGCAUCAAAAAGAUAAGUGAACAGGUUUGCUACAAAACAUGUACAUGUACUUCGGGCCUCCAAAGUUCUACGUUGACAUAUCCCACAGAUAGUUUUCCAUCUCGUAGCGUUUGCGAUCAACCAACUGUUUUCCGGUCCCUCUCGGGCUGCCCUCCUAGCGCCACUUUCCGUGGCUUCAUGAGGUCCUUUCCCCGCUCGCCCGCAGCUCCACCGAUGGUCUCCAAGCCAUAAUCGUUCGACAGUAACCGAUGGCAGCGACCUAGCGACCUCAGUUCCUCAGUUAGUUGUCAACGGUUAGUUCAAAUUCGCCGGGGCGAUUCUGUCGACAAGAACAUGAAUCGAAUCAUGGUGAGAUAGCACGGAAACAAGAGGACGUAGAUGGAGACGGAUAAACCUACCGCAAGCAAGACUUUUUCAACAAGGAUGUAGUACACUCUUCCUGCUUCAGUUGAAGUCAGCUCCGCCGUACACGGAUCUGCGGUUUCGCAGAUCAGAUUUUCACACGAUCCUGAGUAGACAGUCAGCAGUGUCGGUCCGCUCUCCGUGCCUUCAGUACACGUCGAGGCCACUAGGCGACCACCGUCACCCACCACUGAAUACCACAGACCAGGCACGUUCACAUUGGGGUUGGGUGGGUCGAUUUGCGCCCCCAAGCAUCUACCGUCGAAAUCUGUGUUGGAGCUUCCAGAAAGAAUUCUAGAAGUCACUGUGUCUCCGAUUUGAAGUUCAAUUGCACCUUCACAAACGUCGUUGACUGGAGGGACCGGUUCUGUGAUCGUCAGUUCAAAUUCUAGAUCCGUGUCGGUGUCGAGAAAUGCUCCCUCCACAACUAGACUUCGCACAAGCAAGAAAUACAUUUCGAAAUCCGAUGAAGCAUCCCAGUCGACGGCACAUCCAGCCGUGUUGUACACUUGGGCACAUGUCAAGUCAGAGCAGCCGUCCCCGCCGGCAUAAACCGUGACUAUGAAAGGCACCGACGAUUCGUCGCCCAGUUCUGCGCAGACUGAUGCCCGCAGUCUGGUGUCUGUGGCUUCGAUGGAAUACCAGACCCCAAGCUGUUGCAACGAUAAGAAGCCAGCGGGUUCUGGAAGGAGUGCCUCGACGUUAACGCCACAAGUGUCUGCUUCAGUGUCAUUGGAAGCAAAGGCUGUCGUCCCUUGUAGCGUGUCUCCAACCUCCAGCUCAAUGGCAUUGACGCAGUUGUCGUUUACCACCAGAAAGAAGUCAUCAGUUUCGUUUCCAGUAUCCUGUCCAUCUGAAGUUCCAUCAGUGCCUGGGGGGAGUGAACCUUCAAUCCAGGGACAAUCUGGGAAUUCACAAUCUGGGCCUUCCCUCACCACCUCACUUCCAUCUGCACACUGCAAGAUAUCAUCAGGACAAUCAACAUCAGUGCCUGGGGGGAGUGAACUUUCAAUCCAGGGACAAGGUGGGAAUUCACAAUCUGGUCCUUCCCUCACCACCUCACUUCC